CAUGAGUCCUCCAUGAUAUUUAAAAGCAAAGUGAUAAGAGAAUAGUUGUGAGUUAUAUACUAUGAGGUGUAAAACUCAUCCUACACAAACUUAUAGAUAAGAGAAGAAUCUAGAAACUUGAAUUCCACUUUCAUUCUUCACCUUUACUAACAUUACAACUAUAUUCAAUAUCCAAUAUCCCCAAAAUUUCCUAUACACAAACCAUAAUCCUUCUAUUUUCUCUCAUUUCAUUUCUCAAAGAAAAAGCUUAUACAAUCAUCAACAAUGGCAGCUACAAUGGCAGUACUCAAUGCAAAAUGCUUAAACAUAAACACCAACAAAACAAACACUCAAUCAGUCAAGCCCACUUCUAAGCCCAUCAUCUCACUCUUACCAAGCCCAAGCCAAAUGAUCACAGCCCCAGCCAUUGCCGGCGCGGUUUUUGCUACUAUGGGCUCAGUAGACCCGGCCUUAGCAGCCCAACAAAUAGCUGAUAUUGCAGCAGAUGAUAACCGUGGGCUGGCCCUUUUACUGCCCAUAAUCCCAGCUAUUGGGUGGGUGUUGUUUAACAUCUUACAACCAGCUUUGAACCAGCUAAACAGAAUGAGGGGUGAAAAGGGUUUUAUUAUUGGGCUUGGGCUUAGUGGGUUUUUUGGGUAUGGGAUUUUGGGUACAACCCAAGAGGCCCAAGCAGUUACUGAGGAGAUUGGUAGGAUAGCAGAAAGUAGUGGGGCAGGAACAGGAAGUGAUAACAGAGGAACUUUGUUAUUGAUUGUAGUGUUGCCAGCAAUUGGAUGGGUGCUUUACAAUAUCUUACAGCCUGCUUUGAACCAACUUAAUAGAAUGAGGUCUCAAUAGUAAAAAAUACUACUAAUUAAAUUAUAGUAGUUUAAAUAUUAAUCAUGCAAAGUGUUACAUUUGGAAAUCAAUUCAUGUAAACGACAAUUAAAACUAAUAUGUUACCUCAUAUAGUCGAUACUUAUCUUUUUGAGAUCGUAGGGCAAACAUUGCUAUUGUUAGAAAGCGUGCUAUUAAUUAGUACUCCAUAUUAUUAUCAUAAAGUAUUAUCAUAUUGAUUUUUGGUAAUUGUGCAGGCAAAA